AGGGGGGGGCUUCCUUUUGCAGCUGCCAAGGCACCCCACCCUCCGCGGUUCCUUCCUGGGCUUGGGAGUUGCGCGCCCGGGAAAAGCGAGUUUGCAAAGAAGCCGGAGGGGAAGCGAGCGCGGAAGCGGCGGGCAAUGGUGGCGGACCGGAGCGAGCGCGGCAGCCCUCCUCCUCCUCCUCUUCCCUGAGGAGGGGGGAAGAUGACGGGCGGCGGCCUCCCCCCGGGGCUGCUGGCGCUGGGCGCCGUUUUGCUGUGGCAGCCUUGCCAAGGCAGCUGCGGCGCGCAGAAAUGCGCCGCGCAGGAAAGCUGCUGCAGCUACGGCAACGCCACCUACGCGGAGACCAAGUGCUGCAAGCUGCCUUUCCACACGUUCCUGGACAACGUGGGUUGGUUCGUGCGGAAGCUCUCCGGGCUGCUCAUCUUGCUGGUGCUUUUCGCCAUCGGGUAUUUCUUGCAGCGGAUCAUCUGCCCCAGCCCCCGCAGGCACGGGAGGCGACGCCGGCGCCCGGGGCAACGAGGCGAGGAGGAGGAGGAGGAAGACGAGGAAGAGGAGGAGGCGGAUUACGACGAUGACGACGCGGAAGAGCGGGACUCGCUUUCCCGCGUCAGCCCGCUGAAUGGGACGGCCGCCACCUCGCAGGACUCGCUACUGGACAGCCGCGGCCGGGAGGCGUCCCUGCCACCCCCUCUUCUGCACGUCGUCUCGCCCGUCUUUUUGCAGCUGCCCAGCUACGAAGAGGUGAAAUAUUUGCCCACUUACGAGGAAUCCAUGCGGCUCCAUCAACCUCUGGUUCUGCCCGUCACCAGCCUGGCCGCCGGGACGAGCAGAGGCCCCGCGGAGCCGGAUCGCUCGGCCAGAGGCAGCUGAAGACCCUUCCCCCGCCUUUUCCCAGCGUCUCGCAGCUGGUGCGUUGCCGCCAAAAUCGAAGGGACCGCGCCCUCGGCGUGGCCAAAGAUCUGCCGCCGAAGCCCCUCUUUCUGUGGGGAGAUAAUUUAGGGAGGGGCGGUGGAAAUAGCAAAGAAGGAAAAGGGAGGAGGACUGGAGGGUCUUCCUUGGUCCUCUCACCCCCUUUUUUUUUAUUUUUGCGAAGUUGCACUCUUGAGAUAAGCUCCUUUGUAGCAAAGUCGGAUUCUGCCUCUGCCUGUGAAACACCGCCAGCCUUUUCACAUUUGAGGUGCCUGAUGGUAGUACAGGCAUCAUUUAAGUGCCAGUCUAAAUAUGUGACAUAUGCGUUCCAAUUGGAGACAUUCAAAAGUACGAGCUAGAUUGGUUUGCUUUUUUUUAUAUACUCCUUCCCUGUAUGGUGUGGAUGUGCUCUGUACCUUCCUAAUGCAAAAUAAAAUUCCAGGAAGGGAAGAGAGUGAUUCUUUUACUUGGGGUAAAUCCAGCUGGUUUAAAUUUCUCUUUUCCUGAAUUUUGCUUAUGCCCAUCAACAAGUAACAGGG